AUGUGUCUCGGAUUGAUGGCGUGCGUGGCGGCGCUGUUCCCAAUCCUGUGGUUGGCCACAUUCACUGUGGCCGAGGAAACGGUCCUCCUCCCAAAACAAUCCAUCAAAAAACACCCGGAUACCGUACUCGUGCUCUAUGGAAUGAGACACGGCAACCGGAACCCGGAGAACUUUGUAAAUCCCGUGGAGAAGUCGUGGGGAUUGGAAGGGCCGAUGGAGCUGACCAGGUUCGGUAAGCUUCAAGCCCUCGGCCUUGGCACGGCUCUGCGGCAAUUCGUCGGCAAGGGGUUCCUCGAUGAAAACUAUCUACCAAAAGAAGCCCAAUUCUUCAGUUCAUCGGCCGCUAGAUGCCAAAUGACACUCCAGGCCUCAACCGCCGGUCUGUACACUCCAGUUGGCUGGGGAGAUUGGAGCAAGAAAUUCGACAAUUGGUCCCCAGUCCCUUACUCUAUUGAUGAUCCGAUGUUGAGAAUGUAUGCCGUCUCCGACUGCCCCAACAGUGAUAAGGCCUGGGCCCCGAUUUCCGACGAUACGUGGGGACCGCUGGCCGAAAUGAAGCAGAAAGGAAAAGUGCUGCUCGAUUAUAUGGCCAAAAAUACGGGUUGGGAUGCAGCCGUUUCGAAAGCGGCUGAUUUGGCGGACAACAUCAUCGAGAUCAAGCUGUACAACGCGACGCUUCCCGAUUGGCUAGAACAUCCCACUCUUCCCGGAUAUGAUAAGGAUUCACUUGUCAAGGCUUAUAUGGAGUUUGCGGAAGCCCACCAAAACGCUUGCGCCGAAAACGAAGACUGCCGUAGAAUGAUGGGUGGAUAUUGGCUGAAGAAUGUUCUAGAUGCCAUCAAAAAGGCCAAGGAUGGGAAAGGACCAAAGAUUAUCGGAUACGCUUCGCACACCGAGGUGACGUUGGCCCUGAUGAAGCUGAUGGGGUACAAGCGAAAUGAAAUCACCACCACAGCUGGAUUUGCCAUUGAAUUCAGGAACAAACCGAACCCGGGAGUCCGACUCCUUGAUCAUGACCCGAAUCCCGUUGAGACACACGUCAUCUACAAGGCCGCUUUGAUCCCGGAAUUGGAGAAGCUGAUGGACAAUGAAGCUUUUAUUGACCUCGACAAAUUUGAGGCCGCCAUUCAGAGUGGAGUCAUCUCGAAAUGGGAGGAAGCGUGCGGCCGCCACUCCUGCGCCAAGCCA